AUGCCAACCGGUCACUCGCCAUCCGUUCUGCGUGUACAUCGCACCGUUUCGCAGCGAGAAGCGACACCGCAAGCCUGCCGCCGACACCCGUCUCCGCCAGCCGUCAGUUCGAAAGUUUAUAUUGGAUACUAAAGUUGUGUGUGAAACAAGUUCCGAGGCGGCGCACAUGCACAAACACAGCCCGAAGUGAUUAUCAUGGGGUCGCGGGGUGCCCGGUCGCGGUUUGCUGAAGAAAUCUACACAUACUGCGCCUUCUGGAUUGCACUGUCCGCAUUACCAGCGCUAGCUAUAUCAUAUGUUGUGGUAAGAAUUAGUAAACAUUUAUGGCUGCGAUUGUUGUCGAGCCGGUACCCGAACUUGGAGUUCAUCCAAACGGACACGGUGCGAUCACUGUUAGACACACAUCGUAAUCAGGGCAUAAUCAAUGUACUACUGGCAUUUAAAGGUACACCUAAUCCAGAACUAAUAAAGCAACACCUCAUUGAACAUGUGCUGGACAGACGGGACUCCAGCGGGCAGCUGAUGUUCCCCCGGCUGCGCCAUCUUUUGGUGUCAUGCUGGGGAAACUAUGCAUGGGACGUAAAUGUUGUGUUCCGACCUGAGAACCACUGUAUUGUCGCGAACGCAGUAUACCGAGGCCGACCCGUCUCUGACAACAAUAUUCAGGAGUUCGUCAGUGAAACAGUAUCAAAAUACUUUCCGAACGAGCAACCGCCGUGGCAGUAUAUAAUUAUACCAUGUGUCUCACCCGAACCAAAGUAUUUCAUACUGGUUCGAGUUCAUCACCUCCUGCUUUCCGGGAAAAAUUCUAUUAAUAUUGGUGAUUUGCUGUUGGUUGAACAAGUACAGCCCGAUCAUAGGAUAACGGCAACUGAAUUCAUUCAGCAAAGUCCAUUGACAAAUCAUCUAUUGCCUAACCCGUCGGCUAUCCCGGAGUUAUGGGGUAAACUAAACGAAAACUUAUCAAACUCGUGGAACGAGUUCGUAUCUGAAUAUGACCCUGUUGAAAGCCCGAGGGCUUUAAAGACUUUGCCAGGUGCGUUUCAUGUAGCGGGCCUGGUUCUCAUAUCUAGUGUCAGUGCUUUGAGAGAAAUCCGUAAAAAGAGACUCAGUGACUCACGAUCAGCGCCUCCAGUUACUGCAACUACUCUGCUGGCUGCUAUUCGUCAGGAGUGCAAUAGGCGAAACUUAACCAUACCCAAGGUUAUAAUUUCACCAUUAAUAACAGCAGAUCCUCGAAAAUGGAUAAAUCGGAUAUUUAAUACGGCCCUGACUGCAACGGGCAAAGUUAUAAGACUGCCUAUCCGUAUAAAAGACGAAUUGGUAGCAUUGAAUGAAUUGAGGAAUACAGGUCAAGUGAGUCAAGCGCACACAUUGACGUGGAAAUAUGGCGAAUUAGCACAGUUAUGUGUACGUGCUACGAACGAAGUUUGGAGAGGGCUGGUGGAGGCAUACAGGGCGCCUGCUAGUUUGUGGGACGAAACGGUCGGUGCUGACGACGGCCGAAGACACAUGCUUCAGACUAUCUCAUUGUGUGGCCGAAAGGUAGCAGCAUGGUCUCGGCCGGUAUCUCGUGCAGGCAUAGAGCGUGCGGCGCGUGCGCUGGGCGUCUCGUCUACAGACGUGGCACUAUACGCCGCCACUGAUGCACUGCGAGCCUUCUUUGAACAAGCUCAAUGCGAGCCCCCGGAGGUAAUCCUCGCAACUGCACGAGCCGCUUCUGAUGACUUCUUGUUCGCUUUCGCCGAGGGACAAGGAAAAAACUACAAAAAAUCAGUGACAGGAGGCGAGGUCGCGCGCGCAGGCAUGGUGUGCGUGGCGCUGCCGGUGGGCGCGAGCCCGCGGCGCACGGCGGCGGCGCUGGGCCGCGCGGGCGGGCGGCAGCGCGCGCUGGCGGCGGCGUGGGCGGCGCAGGCGCGCUGCGGCGCGCUGUCGCGCUCGCUGCCCGCGCCGCUGGCCAAGCUGGCGCUCAACGCGCUGUCGCGCCGCUACGCCGUGUCGUACGCGCAGCUGCACGCGCCGCCGCGCGCCGCCCGGCGCCGCUCUCUCUGGGGCCACGAGCUCGACUACUUACUCUACUGGCGCCCGCCGCAGGCCAAUAUCAGCAUGUCGCUGACGGUAAUCGAGUACGCGGGUACACUGCGUUUAGCGGUAAUGACGGACGCGCGACUGUCGCCCGCACACAGCGUGCCGGCCGCACGGUGGUCACUAGCCGUCGAACAACUAAUCGCUAAAGUCGACCAGGAAAUCGCCAGAAUCGCCGCCCAGGCUCAAGUGCAGAACAUACCACAAAUAAUUACGCCACGAGAAAACGCUGUCGGUGACGAGGGCGCGACCAACCAGACUCUAGAAGAGACGCAGUCGUCGAGUUCUCUAAUGCCACCCAGAACGCCGGUCAUCAGCCCACCGCCUAUAAGACGCCGAAUUACACAUCACUAGGACAUAACAUUCAGCAUAUCGAAUUAUACUUGUUGCGGGAGGCAAAAUUUCCCAUUAUAUUUACAGGGUACUUACUACUGACUCGUGAGAGCUAAUCCUUACUUGCAUUAUUGAACCAGAACCAAAUAUCAUCCACAAAAAAGUAAUUUUGUAAUGUGAAUUAAACAACAAACAUGAUAAGUAGUUUUAAUAGCCCAGAACGUAAACAUAACAUGCGUACUUAUUCAAAACACGGGCUAUUAUACACUUGUAGGUAUUAACAAAUUGCACGAAUGUGUAUAACUGUUUUGGUAUAAAAUAUGAAAUUAAAGAUUUAAACGUGAAACGUCAAUGAAAUUAAAAUCUUGAAUAGAUUCGCGAAGUAAAUUAGACUUUAUACAAUGCAACUCUAUUGUGCUAUUAAAAAGCAAAAAAAGUACAAGGAUUGUACAGCGUCCGCACUAUCUUAUCUAUGAGGUGCGGUUUUAGGACUAGUAUAUUACAGAAAAAUAUUGUAUAUAGAUACCGAAAAAUAAACUGAGCAAAAUAUUAAGGGACAUCCUUGCACAAUUUUAAAAAAUAUUUACUGCGCAAGCAUAAUUCUAAGGUUCUACUGUUAUUUUUGUCGCAAAUUGUAUACUUAUUAUAAAUGUAGGUAAUUCUGUUAUUUAAAGUUCGGAUUAUUCACUACAUAUAGCCAAACUAAUAAUAUUUGAAUUUUUAAGGAUUUUAAUAACCGAAUGCUUGCGUCGCACUUAUGAAUUUAGUAAUCUUUAUCUUGACUCAUAAUAAUGGUGCCAAAGAUAUAAUAAUUGUUAUAACGUGUGUAUUAGAUGAGUAUGUAAUUAUAAGACUAAAACGUGUUGUAUAAUUGUAGUCUAGAAAGUGAUUAGCCGUCCUUUCGUCCUGUAAUCAACGUUGUUAUAGAUUAUAUAUGAACUACUUAUAUUGUAUGAUUAAAAUAUGCCCACUUGGUAAAGAUGUAAUAAUAUGUACAUAAUUUAAUCCUAUAAGUUAUUGACUGUUAUUUAUAUUUCUUAAUUUUCUACUGACAAGUGUAUAAAUACAAUAAAUAAACUGUU